AUGAGGAAGGCCGAGGGGCGGCGACCUCUCGUCGAACCCUACGAGCUCCUCCUCCACGCUCUCAACCGGGCCGCUGCAUCGUCUUCCUCCUCCCUCCUCCGGCGAACCCACGCCCUAAUUCACACCACCGGCCUCUGGAGGAAGCCCGUCCUCUCCUGCAAGCUCAUCUCCUCCUACGGACGCCUCCUGAAUCUCCGCCAUGCCCGCAAAUCCUUCGAGCUCAUGCCUGCAACAACCACCAGAGCAUUCAACUGCAUCCUCAAAGCUCACGUCGAUGGCGGACAGCUCCGAUCAGCGCUCGAUCUCUACUCUCUCUCUCUUCCGCCCACCACUGCAAAGAUCUUCCAUGACGCCAUAACCUUCAGCGUGCUCCUCAGAGGCUGCUCCGAUCUGGGUUGGGCCCGAUCGGGGCUUCUCCUCCAUGCCCACCUCCUGGUUACUGGAUCAGAACCAGACCUCCAUCUCGCCACCGAUCUCGUCCAUUUCUACCUGAAAUUCAGCCGCCCAGAUCAUGCCCAGAAGGUGUUUGCCCAAACGCCUCACCGAGAUCUUGUUCUUUGGACGACAAUGGUGGAUGGGUUCUUGAGGAAUGGGGAGCAUGGAGAGGCCAUGAGGCUCUUCUCCGAGAUGAGAGCUUCGGGCCUGCAGGUCAGCGCCGCCGCGUGGAACGCCCUCGUCGCCGGAUAUGCCCGCGGCGGCAUGGCGGCGCAAGCCCUUUGCCAGUUCCGCCUCAUGCAGGCCGCCGGCGUGACCCCCGACUGCGCCACCAUCUGCACCAUCUUGCCGCUGUUAUCGAGGUCAGCGGUGCUGAGCUCUGGCGCGGCGGCGCAUGGCUUCGCCCUCAGGAGGGCUCUUGAAGGGGACCUCUUCGUGGUCACCGCGCUCGUGGACAUGUACGGCAAGUGCGGGAAGCUCAGUCAUGCGCGCCACCUGUUCGAGCUCGCCGGCGACAAGGACGCCGCCCUGUGGAACGCGGUGAUCCUCGCCCACGGCGCCCACGGCGACGGCGAGGAAGCCCUCCGCCUGCUCCGCCGCAUGGAGGCCUCCGGCGAGAAGCCCAACGGGAUCACGCUAACCGCCGCCCUCUCCGCCUGCAACCACGCCGGAAUGGUGGACGAAGCCCGCUGGCUCUUCCAAUCCAUGGCCGAAGAUCAUGGCCUCCUCCCCUCCGGCGAGCACUUCUCCUGCAUGGUGGACCUUCUGGGCAGAGCAGGCCGCCUCCAGGAGGCCUUCUUCCUCGUCACCGGCACGCCGGCGCCGCCCCCGGAGCAAGUCCGGGGAGCCCUCCUCGCCGCCUGCCGGACCCAUCUCCCCGACGCCGUGCCUGCCCAGCUCGACCUCCCCGGCGGCGCCGCCGGCGUGAUGCUGUCGAACAUCUAUGCAGAGUCGGGAAGGUGGGAGGAGAUGGCGAGGGUGAGAACUGUGAUGAGGGACGCCGGAGUGAAGAAGACGACUGCUUUCAGCUGGAUCGAGGUUGGCGGCGCAGUCCACGCCUUCAAGAUCUUCGAUGCUUUGCACCCCCAGAUGGAGCAGAUUUAUGAAAUUCUCAGCCACCUGGAAGCCGUCGUCCGCCUCGAGCACCACCAAGGUGGCUGCUGA